AUGGGAGAAUACUCUUUCAUCCCUCCAUCCACAGCCAGCGCCAAGUUCGGGUGUAUUGAGCUCCGCAAGCGAGGGUUGGAGAACUCCAACGCUUCACUUUAG